AUGGGUCUUUUGACUUUGGUUGAAGAUCGGCCGACACCGUCAUGUGUCUACAAUACUCGCGUAUACUUUUGCGCAACUGUAGCCGCAUUUUGUGCAGUGAUGAUUGGAUAUGACUCCGCUUUCAUUGGAGGAACAAUUGCUCUCCCUUCUUUCCAGGAUGAAUUCAACUGGUCACAUUAUUCCACCGAUGAAGUUAUACUCAUCUCGGAAAACAUCGUUUCAUUGUACCAAGCCGGCGCAUUCUUUGGUGCUCUAGGUGCUUAUGCCGCGGGUCAUUAUCUUGGUCGAAAAUUUGGCCUUCAAGUAUUCUCGGGAAUCUUCUUUCUUGGCGCAGGCCUAAUGUUGGGUGCGAACGGAGAUAGAGGUCUCGGUUUGAUCUAUGGCGGUAGAGUUUUGGCUGGUAUUGGUGUUGGUGGAGCUUCAAAUUUGACCCCUAUUUACAUUUCUGAACUCGCUCCUCCGGCUAUUCGUGGACGCUUGGUUGGUUUGUAUGAGUUGGGAUGGCAGGUGGGUGGAGUCGUUGGAUUCUGGAUUAACUACGGAGUCUCAACCACUAUGCCCUCAAACCACGAGCAAUGGAUCAUUCCAUUCGCCAUCCAGCUAAUUCCCGCUGGUCUCAUGUUCGCCGGACUCUUCUUGAUCAAAGAAUCCCCUAGAUGGCUCAUGAGCCGCGGUGACCGGGCCACAGCCCUCAAGAACCUCUGCUGGAUCAGAAAACUUCCCCAAGACGACAUCUACAUGCUCGAGGAAGUAUCCAGCAUUGACGCUGCUCUCGAACAACAGCAAUCCACCGUCGGACUCGGCUUUUGGCAACCAUUCAAAGCCCUCGGUAGCGACCGCAAAAUCAUGUACCGCUUUGCCCUCGGCUGCUCCCUCUUCUUCUGGCAAAAUACUUCCGGCAUCAACGCCAUCAACUAUUACUCGCCUACUGUCUUCAAGGAAAUCGGCGUCGUAGGUACCAACUCCUCUCUCCUCACCACCGGAAUCUUUGGCGUAAUCAAAGCCGCCGUCACGCUCGUAUGGCUCUUCUUCCUCAUCGACAACUUUGGUCGUCGAAAUCUCCUCAUCUACGGUGCCUUUGCAGGAGCCUUCUGUCUCUACUACGUCGGCGCCUACAUUGCGAUCGCAGACCCAUCAUCGCACCCCACCACCUCCCUCAGCGCCGGUGGCAAAUCCGCCAUGGCAUUCUUCUACCUCUGGACCGCUUCGUACACCCCUUCAUGGAACGGCACCCCUUGGGUCAUUAACUCGGAAAUGUUUCCCCAGCACGUGCGCACGCUGGGCCAAGCCUUCGCCGCAUCCAGUAACUGGUUCUUCAACUUCCUCGUCGCGCGCUUCACGGCGCAAAUGUUUCAGGCGAUGGGUUAUGGUGUCUUUAUCCUCUUUGCGUCGUUGAUGAUGUGCAGUAUUGUGUUUGUUUUCUUCUUGAUCCCUGAAACAAAGAGUAUACCGUUGGAGAGCAUGGAUCGACUAUUUAGCUCAGAGUUGAAGGCGAGACAUGCGCAUGCCGUUGUGAUGCUGGAGUUGAAGAACGACGAGGAAGCGUUCAGGAGGGAUGUGGAGAGCAGUGGGAUUGGCUUGGAUAAGGGAGGGAAUGAGAAAAGUGCGCAUGUCGAGGUCGUUUAG